UUGAGUUUUUGAUUUUGAUUUUUAAAGAUUUUUCCUUUGGUUAACUUCUCAACAUUCUUUAUAUUCUAUGUCAGUUUCUAUAUUUUUACUUCAAAAUUAUCUAUUGCGUUUAGGAGAAAAUAAAACUGCACAAGUUUCAGAUGAUGACAGCGUUGUCACCGUGGUGCUGCUAGGACAAAACAGCACUGACAAAUGCCUGAUAGGAAACACCAUGCUUGGAUAUGGCUGCUUCCAGCCAGGGAAGUCCAUGUAUCAAAAGGCUCUAGGAAGAAUGGGGGACGAGCUGCUCUACAUUAUAAACACCCCAGACCUUUUCUGGAGACUAUGCCAAGAACCAGAAGCUAACACUAUAGAGGAAAUGAAGCCAUCGUACACGGGUCCACGCAUGUUCCUCCUGGUACUCCACGAUAAACAGCUCUCCCUGGAAGAGGUGGAGAUGUUUACCAAACUAAAGGACAGGUUUGGAGAGAAAAUGACAAAAAAUAUUACUGUAGUGUUGAUUGACAAAGAGACAUCAAGGCAGUCCUGUAACUUAGAGGAUGUAAACCUCAAAAAGAUUUUACAAGAAUGUGACGAGAGAAUUUGCGUCUUCAGCAAAGAUACGGCAGACUCAGAUCUGGUCAGACAGCUAUUGAUACACAUUACAAAAACGUCAGAGAAACUAGAAGCUGAUCUUGGCAGUUUAUCAUUAUCUUAUAGAUUACAGGAAGACACAAGCAAGAAUGUUCAUCAGAAGGAAAAAGAUGAGUCAGAACAACCAAAGACAAUGCCAGGAGAGGGUGUGAAUGACAACCCAUUUGCAGGUGACUGCAAGAUCAUCACCAUGGUGCUCCUGGGAAUGAACAGCGAUGACAAGUGCCUGAUAGGGAACAGUAUUCUCCAGUAUGACUGUUUCGUAGCUGGAAAAGCCACAUGUGAGAGGGUUGUGGCUAGAGUAGCUGAUCAGAUGGUCUAUAUUGUCAACACUCCUGACCUUUUCCAUAAACAAAGCCCAGAUCCAAUAGCUGAUAGUAUGGAGGAGAUGAAGCCAUCAUACGUAGGUCCACGUAUGUUCAUCAUGGUACUGCAGGACAAAACUCUCUCACAGGAAGAGAUGGAAAUGUUCGCUCAACUGAAGGAGAGAUUUGGAAAGAAACUGCUUGAAAACAUGUUUGUUGUGCUCAUAGGUAGUGAUGAAAAUAAUGCAAGAGAGACCUUUGAAGCUGAUAAGAACCUCAAAAAGAUUCUAGAUGAGUGUAAGGAGACGGUUUAUGUUUACAGGAGUAAUGUGAAAAGCACUGAGCUGGUCAGCCAGCUUAUAGGACAAAACAUGGAGGAUAAGCAGGAAUCUGAGUAAAACUGAACAUAUCAGUUAGAAAUCAGCUCAGUGUGUGAUUGAAAUUGUGCCAUAAAACAGAUUUUUCUAAAUACAAAAGACAGUGUAAUGUCUAUAUGUAACCAAAAGAUGGUGCAAUAAACAUAUGUAACACAACCGCCUACAAUUCCUUCAUACUGUCUCACUACCAUCAUGACUCUGAAAUAAAUCACUGUUUAAACAUACUUUUUGCAAGAGUUUCCAAUAACAGACAGUAAUACAAGCAGAUGGAAACUGGAGUUUGGUAAAGUUGGUAUUUGCAUAAAACUGCCAAAAGCUACUUUCACUAACUCCAUCCAGCAUUACUUGGAUUUUUACCUUUAGUACAAAUAACAAAUUAUUAAAUGUGGCCUUUGGCCACAACUAAGCCCAACUAAAUUAAACAGA